AUGCCUACAGACGGGGCCCCGGCGAAGUACCAGAAAACGGCUCUGACCGCGGCAGAGUCAGCCAAGUCCAAAACAGGCCGUGUCAUCCUUAUCACCGGCACUGGGGGCUUUGUGGGCUUCCACUGCGCCCUGGCCCUGAAGAAGCGGGGAGAUGGAGUCCUAGGCAUGGACAACUUCAACUCCUACUAUCCCGUGGGCAUCAAGUACGACAGGGUGGAGACCCUGGAGCGUGCGGGCGUCUACACUUUUAAGGCGGAUCUGAAUGACAGAAGUUUCAUGGACCACAUCCUGAAGGAGUACGGUGUGACCCAUGUGCUGGCCCUAGCCGCACAAGCUGGCGUACGCUAUGCCACAAAGGAUCCGGCCUCCUACGUUUCCUCUAACAUCUCCGGCUUCGUGAAUCUUUUGGAGGCUUGUCGCUUCUGCGACCCCAUGCCGAGAAUAGUCUAUGCGUCCUCCAGCUCCGUGUACGGCCUCAACACCGUGAGCCCCUUCUCCGAGGAGCACCAAGUUGAUAGGCCCGCGAGCCUCUAUGCAGCCACCAAGAAGGCGAACGAGAUGAUCGCACACACCUACAACCACAUCUACGGCCUCUCGCUUACGGGCCUACGGUUCUUCACAGUCUACGGCCCGUGGGGGCGGCCUGACAUGUUCGCCUUCUCAGCCACCAUCAAGAUCCACAAAGGAGAGGCCCUGAAGAUCUUCCAGGGCCCAGGUGGCUCUGAGUUAGAGAGGGACUUCACCUUCAUUGACGACAUUGUUGCCGGCUGUGUGGCCUCGGUGGACAAAAUCCCGGCGUCCACCAAAGAGACAGCACACUGCAAGGUCUAUAACCUCGGGAACAAGGAUCCAGUAACGGUCACCUACAUGAUCGAGUGUCUCGAACGGGCGAUCGGGAAGAAGGCAAUCAAGAACUACGUUCCUAUGCCCCCUACCGGAGACGUGCUGAAGACCAGUGCUGACGUGUCCUUGGCAGAGAAGGAGCUAGGCUACAAGCCUACGACCUCAUUGCAGGAUGGCAUUAAUAAGUUCAUUGAGUGGUACGAUGAGUACUACAAGGAGGGCCUGACAAAAGAGAUGGCCUCAUAUGUUCCAUACUAG